UUCCAAAAAAAUAAUUUCUCCUCUCUCAAAAAAAUAAUUUCUCCUCUCUCGCUGCCAAACAUUAGAAUUUAUAACUGUUAUUGAAUCUUUCUCAUUUUGAAGAGUUUUGAGAAACCAUCAUUUGUAUGAUUAAAUAGGUUAAAUUUAUUUUCAUGGCAUCCUUGGCGAGGAAAAUGCCCAAAUACUACAUGUGCAUUCAAUCAAUCCUUGCUUGUUUUCAUAUCUAACCGUUCUCAUUUUAAUGGGUUGGAAUUUUUAAAGGAUUGUUUUGUAUUUCAUCUGUUGGGAUGAUUAUGCCUUGUUCAGUUGGUGUUCUAUAGGUUGAGUUUAUGAAUUUUGUGACUGAUGAAAUUGAGGGCUGUUGCUUCGAGAAAGGACGUCACAAACGUUAUGUGGAAAUGGUCAGAACUAUGAUGUGUCAGUUUGCUCCUUUGAAGGAGGAGAUAAAGAUGCAUGUAAUUAUGGAGAAUGGUUUAUCUCCAUGUUAUUGCAUUACAGAUGCAUUGCGUUAUGAAACUUUGUGGGAUAUUGGCGUACUGGAUAUAAAGAAGCAUUUAACCUCUGCCGAUUUGGAGGAUAUACUUGAGAAAGUAGCUUGGAGAACAAACUGUUCAAUGCUUUCAGGCGGGAGAUAUGGCAGCAUGCGGCUUUUUUCUUGGGCUGUUGCUCAUGUCUUAGAGUGUGGGCCUUUUGGUUCAUUUACUGAUGAGGUCAUCAACUUGAUUAAAAUUGCUGAGGCACGGAGAAGAUAUAAGGCUACCGAUACAUCAGCAGGCACCAUAUCCUUUGGGCAGUUGGUUUGA